AUGGACCCGCAUCAGCAACGCGAAACUCCUGUGAAGAGAACAGAUGAAGUAGCGCGCGUCAAGGUUUCCCCGCCCACAGAUUCUUCCAUUUUGUGCAAACAUUUCCGGGAGUUUGACCCGGACGGCUUAUCUUUGUCACCCAGACUGCUUGGAUCACCACCUCGCUGUAUCGGAAUUCGUCCUGAAACGUCGACGGACAUGAUCACCUCACAGCCGGAUUAUCGCAUAUUCAUUUUAGGCACCGAAGAGUGCUGACCCGAUGAUCAUGAACUCAAGCGCAGUCCACCUGAAACAUUAAGCUUGCUGGAAAAGAGCAAGGAUCAAAGGAUGCAAACUUUGCGGGUUCCAGACCGUUCAACAAGAUCACCCGUCGAUAGCUGGCGGUUCCUCAGUGCAGAUGGACAAUUGGCUUCUCAGCUGGAAUUCGCAAUAAGACAAAAGUGCCUGAUCCGACCGCCCGUCACGAGCGUUCUUUUGGGCAGACGGUUUCAUGUGAGACAGAGUUUAGGAGCCAGUCCGACAGAUAUCGGCACUCGCGAAAUGCGGGAUGAAAACAGGGUUCUAAAACAUACUAAAAAUAUGGACCUGUUCCAGCCAUGUUCAAAGUCACAGAGCACGGAGUCCUCAUCAGACACCGACUGGAACUCCAUGCGUUCUGAAGAGGAGUCAGGGCAUCGUAAGACGGGGGAGGGGAAGCAGGAGGAAUAUGGCCAACCUGAUUUACUGCCCGCCGACUCCGCUUGUGGAACCAGGUUCCGUCCUCCAACUGUUGAUACUGACGGUCGUCUCACAACCACACACACCUACCUCCCAACUUCUAGCAUCUCUCUGUCGCGCUUUCUGGGUGGGCACCUUGGCCAAGACAAAGCCAGUGAAUUCAGUUAUUUAUUUCAGUCGAGUGAGUCCACUUUUGAUAUCAAGGAGAUAUCCAACCCCAUACGCAUGCGGGCUAAUGAUCAGUGUUCAUCUGCUAUGGGUAGUCUAGAGAGUAAAACUAGUCAGAGUUCACAACUGACGGGCUCCAAUUCAUGUCAGGAUGAUGCUUUAUCACCGUGCCUACAUCCACAUUCCACACGAGUCGAAUCCAAGCCGCGAGGCAUAAGUCCUCAUUUGGUUGAUGAGGGGGUUGUCGAGAUUCCAGAACAUACCACUCUGUCUGCGUUGUGUCAUGAGAGAGUUCGUUGUGCAGACAGGGGUCCUAUCUACGCGGUUGCAGCAACAGUGUCAGGCGACGCAACACAUUCUGAUGCAGAGCGUGAAGGCGAGGCUUCUGCAACCUCUGGGGACAAAGCCGUAAAAGGCACACAAGUACCACCGUUAGCGUUCCUCCCAAAAAGCCCCGAAAGUCCCCAUCAACUGGCGGCACUUCAGCGUCAAAACACUGCUAGUCGAGUCGAUUGCCAAGACUUAGAAUUUGACACGGGCAAAAGGGUAGACGAAGCGGGGGAGGAGCUUAGCGGUGUGCUGACGCGAAUGAAGCUUUCAGGCAAAUGCCAGUGUAGGCUGAACUGUAGGGGCUCAUCUUGCUCCGGAAGUGAUCAAUUGUUGCGUUGCAAGAAUCAGCAGCCGGAAAAGUUCCAGGAAAGAGCGGCUGACCACCCUGAAAAGAUUCAGCAAAACGAGCCAACUCCUGAGAAUUUGUGUGAGGCUAACAACGCUAUCCAGGACAGAGGAGAGUUUGCAAGGAUAGAGGCCCACAAGCGGGAUUCUGCUGACGACGCAGGGACAGUCUCAGCCAGCGCAAAUCGACUGGGAGCCAAAGACGGCACUCAAGGCGUGACACUGAUGAAUUCCAAUCCGGAUAUUGAAGCCAAAAAAUCGGCUUAUAAGGUGGAGCAAGUUGUCACUUGCAGAUCAGCCAACGAGGACUGCAACUCAAUCUGUAACACUCUAUCAACAGAGCUUGCGUCAGAUGUGGUAGCUAAUGUUUCCCUAACUGCACAGCCUAACGCGGAGGCCUACCAGAUUAGCGGGACCUGGGGAAACGUGCCUGAG